UAUUUGGAACGCCGUAGCAGACAGAAGGACACGGGUGAACAAGCGACGAAGCGUGCGAACGGAGUGGAGCUUAGCGCCCUUUUUUGUUUCAUUUUCCCCCGCUCACAAAAGCAACAUUUUGGCAACAACAUUUCGGCAAAGCAACAAACAAAUCUAAACUAAAACAACGCGAUUCUAAACGCGGGAAUACACUUGGUGUACUCCGUAAUAUUUGUGUUCGUAAACAAUUUUUUUCUGUUCGAUGCGAUCCCCGAUAAACGAUAAACAACGCGAAUUCCAGUGAUCUUUUGGAAAAGAACCCAAACCCAAAGCCAAAGCCAAACUCACCGGUAAAGUGGCGAGAGAGUGAGAGAGAGAUCGGGAGAGAGAGAAUUCUCGCAUUCGCAUUCGCAAAAACAAAAUUCAAAAUUCAAAAUUACCCAGCAUAUUUCGCAUUCGUUUCGUUUCGGUUCCGAUAUUGGUUUCUUCAGUUCGUAUUAUUUAUCGAGUCUGCUGUUUUGUGUUUCUUCGCCGAGCCCAGAGAGCGGAGAGAGCGACGGAGAGCGGAGCGAAGCAGCAGCAGCAGCAGGAGAAGCAGUCCAAGUCCAACGAAGAAGUGCCCAAGGCGAGGCGCAGAUAAUACAAAUACAAAAAUUAACAACUAAAAACAACAAGUAAAUUAAAAACAAAACAAAACGAACGGCUCCAGAAAAAGAGCCAACGAAAAAGGGAGAGAGAGGGAGAGAGAGGAGGAGGAGGAGCAGCAGAUGAUGCGCCGCUAAUCCCGGAGAGAGCGCGAGAAAUGAGAAGAGGAGCACCGACAUAUGUAGCGGUCCAUGACGAGCAUUAAGACCGAGAUGCCGCCCCUGCACGCGGCAGAGGCGCUCGCCGUUAGCAGCGACGGCGGAGGGGGAGGAGGAGGAGGAGGAGGAUCAGCAGGGGGAGGAUCAGGAGGCGGAACCGGAGGCAGUGCGCCCGCCACGCCCAAUGCCACAAUCAGUGCCGCCGCCGACUCCAGUGAUAACCAGCCCGGCACGCCGCAGCCCCCGCAACAGCAGCAGUUGCAACAGCCACAGGCGCAACAGCAGCAGCAGCAACCCAUGGGCACCGAUCCCCAGGUGACGGGCAUCACCCACCAGCCGUACGCCACCCAUCACAUGUACUCCGCAGCCGGCGGACAGCAGCAGCCGCCGCAGCAGCAGCAGCAGCAGCAGCAGAUCUACGGCGGCCUCUACGGCGGGGAGAUGCAACAGCAGCAGCAGCAGCAGCAGCAGGGCUACGCCAGCAGCUACAUCAACAGCUACGAGCAGUUCUACCAGCAGCAACAGCAGCAGCAGCAGGGCAGCGACUACGCCUUCGGGGUGGACUACGCCAAGAGUGCGGGAGUGCGCUAUCAUCCCUACCUGCAGACGCCCACCUCCCUGGGAGGCCUGCCUCCAGGAGGAAGUGCCCAGCAGCAGCAGCAGGAGGAGGCUGUGCCCAGUGCCGUGAGCACCACCACCGCGGUGGCCAUGAGUCCGCGCGUGGUCAGCAGCAGCAGUCCCACGUCGACGUCCUCGCACUUGCAGCUCGGUGGCAGCGCCAGUGGCCAGACGCCCGGUUCCCCGGGCGGAGGAGGAGCCUCCGGCAGCGGCGGCUGCAAGCUGCAGUGCAAAAAGUGCGGCAUCCUCACCACCAACGAGUCGGAGCUGCAGGAGCACAUAGCCAAUGUGCACGGAGAGUCGCCGUACGGGAGCAGCGGCUACGCCAGUUCGCCGUACAUCAAGGAGGAGAUGCCCACGCCGCAGCCACCGGCAUCUGCUAAUCCCGGCGAGCUGCUCGAUUUGGACUCCCAAAAGAUGGUCUACCACCAGCAGUUGCUCCAGCAGCAGCAGCAGCAACAGCAGCAGCAGCACGAGGCGGUCGCCGGCCUGCCGCUGGGCGCUCUCCCCGAUCCGCUGCACUCGAUGCAGUCCAUGCAGCAGCGGGCGCUCCACAGCUGGGAGCACCAGCCGCAGGUGGCCUCCGUGGAGGGUUUGCCGCCCUACAUGCAGCAGGGAUUGGGCGUGGGCCUCGGCGUAGACAAGUCGCCCUACUAUUCGCCCAAGCAGUCGCCCUACCACCAGUCGGCCGGCGUUGGCGGAGCCACGCUGAUCAAGCAGGAGUACGGCGGCCAUGGACUCAUCAAGUCCGAGUAUCCCGAUUCGCAGCACUAUGUGGACAAGUCGUUUGAUCCCACAGCAGGAGGAGGAGGAGCAGGAGGAUCGGAGUUAUGCGCCAGUGUGGCCACCAGUCCGGCGGAGUUUCCCAGCACCACCACCGGCGGUCCGGGGCAGGAAAGCGGGGCGGGAGCUGCUCCCGGCAACGGCUACCGCGGCUUCGAGCCGCCCAGCUCCAGUUCGGUGCUGCCGGCCAACAGCCUGACCGCCAAGGCGGCCACCUGGAAGUCGAACGAGGCGCGCCGCCCGAAGACCUACAACUGCACGGCGUGCAACAAGUGGUUCACCAGCUCGGGCCACCUCAAGCGGCACUACAACACGACGCUGCACAAGAAUGCGGUGAAGUCGAGCGGCCAGCCGGAUCCGGCGACGCUGCCCAUUUCGGCGCACCAUCAUCCCGCCCGCGAUCCGGUGACGAAGCCCAGUCGCCGGGGCACUGCCGCUGCUGCCGCCGCCGCUGCCGCAGCAGCAGCUGCCGCUUCAGCCGGUCAACAACAGCCGCCGGUAGCACCGCCGCCGCCGGCCAAUGUGCCGCCGCCGGAGCCGCCCAGAAGUCCGCCCGAUUAUGGCGGCGGAGGAGGAGGAGGAGGUCAUGUCGCUGCCAUGUCCCAGUACUCGGCCUCGCCAUCGCCCACCCAGCAGCAGCAGCAGCACCACCUCAACCACCACCAUCAGCAGCAGCAGCAGGCGAAUGGCUAUGCUAAUGGCACCGCCAAUGGCUACGGCUACAUGCAGCAACAAGUGCAAUCCACGACAAACGCUUCACCACAGCACGCUUCCAACAACCAACAGCAGCAGCAACAGCAGCAGCACCACCAGCAGCAGCAGCAACAGAUGCCGCAGCAGCACCACAACUCCGUUUUGAACGGUCACCCAAACGGGCUAGCAGGUCCCUCCGCCCCACACAACAACAACAACACCACCCAAAUGCCGUCCUCCCAAAUGAGGGGCCUGCUGAACGAAACAACAACCACGCCGCCACCACCAACAACAACCCGAGCACCACCAACCACAGCAACAGCAACGGCAACGGCAACAACGGCGGCCACCACGGUAGCUACAAAGAGCGAGCAAGUGGAGGACAGCAAUCACAACAACCAGGACAACAGGAGCCACAGCAACAGCAGCAGCAGCUCAAUGGCCACGGAGGAGGCGGAGGAGCAGGAGGAAGAUCACCUGCAGCAGCAGCAGCAGCAGCAUCAUCCGCAGUAUCUUCUAACAUCGCGCCACUAUCACAGCAGCACACCCAACAGCAACAGCAGCAGCAGCAGCAGCAACACCAAUCCCAACUCACCCCAUACUAUCUACCGGCAGGAGCCGCUGGAAACGCAGGAUUUCUCGCAGCCCACCACCCCUCCGCCGCCGCAGCCGCUGCCGCCUAUGGGAAUGCUGCCGCCUAUGGCAAUGGACUACAACAUGCUGGCUUUGGAUAUGCCCAUGCCCAUGCCCAUGCCCACGCUCAUGCACAGCAGUAUGCUGCAGUGCAGCAGCACCAGCACCACGCCGCUAGCUACUACCAUCACCACCAGUAUGCCGGCCACUAUGCAGCCGCCGCAGCAGCAGCUGGUGCACCACCACUACCACCAGGCGGUGCUCCACCAGCAGCAGCAGCUGGAGCAGCAGCACCAGGAGGAGGAGCAGCAGCAGCAGCGGGAGCUUCUCCAACUGGAUCAGCAGCAUCAUCAGCAGCAGCAGCAGGCGCUAAUCCUGGCGGACAGUUUGCCCCACAGCAGCAGUUCGCCCACCAGCAGCUCCCCGCCGCCGCCGCCGCCCAUAGCCAUGCCCAUGCCGCUCACCACCAUCACAGCGCCGCCGCAGCUGCUGCCGCUGCAGCCGCCGCCGCCGCCGCACAUCACCAGCACCAUGCCCAUGCCGCCCACCAUGCACAUGCCCAUCAUGCCGCCGCCGCCGCAAUGCUACCAGCAGCUGCAGCCGCUGGACCCCACAAUGAGCUAUCACACUAUUAUUGGUAGUAACUCAGCUUCGGAGGGGGGAGGGGGAACAGGGAGCUAUGCCAGCGAUGGCCAGAUCCUGCAGCUAAUGCCCGCCUCCCUGUUCGCCCCCUAUGCGCCCAUCUCGCCGUACUCGGUGGCCGCCCAGCGAUCGCCGCAGGAGGGCGACCUGCCGCCCGUGCACACGCUCACCACCGCCCUGCACGCCCAUCAGCAGGGCGGCCAGCAGGAGGCGCAGACGCCGACGCUGACGGUGCUCUCCACGCCCUACUCGCCCACGGUGAGCAGCUCGCGGGCCACUCCCGCUUUGGAGAUGGACAUGGUGAUGAUGCAGCAGCAGCAGCAGGAGAGCUACGAGAUGGAGCAGUACCACCAGCUGCAGCACCACCAACUGGAGCAACUGCAGCAGCAGCAGCAGCAAAUGAUGGAGCAGCAGCAACAGCAGCAGCAGCAAAUGAUGGCAGAUCAAUCCCAGAUGCAGCUACAAUCCCAGCAGCCAUCGAGCAAGAAGCGACGUGGCGCCGCCGCCGCCGCCACUCCCUCGACGACGAAGCGACGGCGGAACAGCAGCGUGGGCUCAACGUCGCCGCAUUCCACUACCCUGCCAUCGGGACGCAUCAAGUGUCUGGAGUGCGACAAGGAGUUCACCAAGAACUGCUACCUCACGCAGCACAACAAGAGCUUCCACUCCGGUGAGUACCCGUUCCGCUGCCAGAAGUGCGGCAAGCGCUUCCAGAGCGAGGAGGUCUACACGACGCAUUUGGGGCGCCACCGCACCCAGGACAAGCCGCACAAGUGCGAGCUGUGCCCCAAGCAGUUCCACCACAAGACCGAUCUGCGCCGCCACGUGGAGGCCAUUCACACGGGGCUGAAGCAGCAUAUGUGCGACAUUUGCGAGAAGGGCUUCUGUCGCAAGGAUCAUCUGCGCAAGCAUCUCGAGACGCACAAUCGUCCGCGGGUGGUGGGCAAGAAGUCAGCCGCGGCAGCAGCGGCAGCAGCAGCAGCGGCGGCCAAUGCCUCGGCGGUCCCAGCUGUCGGCUCCAUCAAGGCGGCCUUUGCAGCUCCUGCUCUUGCUCUUGCUCCUACCGCCAACCAGAUGGUCGUCAAUCCGGGCCUAAUCCCCGCCAGCAGCCUCAGUCUGAAGCGGCCCAUUGACGAUGUGGCCGCCGACGAUGACAGCCUGCUGGAGGAGGACGAGGACGAGAUGGAGAUGGAGAUGCUGGAGGAGGAGGAGGAGGAGGAGGAGGAGCUCAGCGAUCACCACCUGAUGAUCAAGAGCGAGUUCGCGGAGGAGGAGUUUCAGAUGAUCGAGAAGAGCAUAGAGUUGUACUGAGACGCCGGAAGAAUCGAGGUUUUGAAAUGCUCCUGGGCUUUGAGCUUCGCGGAGGGCAACUGAGCGCGGCUUGGGCUGCCCAAGCAGUUCGAGCGGCUCUGCAGUUGAGUUUUUUGGGGAGUUCUAUUAGGAAAACACACUUUAUUGCCUGGCAAGCAAUAAUUCGAUGUUUUUGCUUAUUUUUUGCCGUUUGGGUAAACACGAAAGUACUUGGAAUUGAACGCAAAGCCGCAGCAUUUCAAUAACUUAGAGUCUGGAUCCCCGAAAUCCCCGAAAAUCCAUAUCCAUUCCUGUAACUUGUAUUGAGUUUGCCAUGUGAAACGAUUGAAAAAAAGACAGAAAGACAGAAGACAGAAUUCCUAAUUGUUGUAGCAGCAAAUUAUUUUAUUUAAUUUUAUUUGUACCUAUGUUAAAACUGUAUUAUUAUUAUUUGUACCAUUACGAUCCCUAUUUGUAAAGCCUUAUUUGUACGUGUAAACCAUCAAGUAUACCUCAGCAACAGCAGUCCACGAAAACGCUUAAAAUCAGGGCGCCUAUACAUACAUUAUAUUAUUAUAUUAGAUAUUUAUACAUAUUCCACACACCACCCUAUAUGUAAACACUAGUUUUAGCACUCUUUUUUUUGUCGUACUCUAAUUUGUAGCUUGUUUAAUUAUUAUUUGAUUAUUUGACUAUUUGAUUAUUAAUUAUGUUUUGUAAUCGAGAGAAAGAACCACAAACGAAUGCCAUAUACACGAUAUGUAAACUAAAAAUCAGCAACUAUAUGC